UCUCUCUCAAAGGGAAGAUAAGAGAGAAAGCGGACCCAACGAAAAAAAAUAAAAAAGGGUUAGGUGGGUUGGAUCUCUCUCAUGUAAUCGGUGCUCCCUCCCCUCGAAUUUGUUUUCCUUUUAAAAAAAACAUAAAGCCUUCUCCUUUUGGCCGCCUCUAACCCCAGAGAGAUUCUUAUUAUACAGCUGAAUCUUCUUCAAUUUUGUAACUUGAAUCUCUCGACUCUCUCUCUUGACCUAUCCGGAAAGCUAUUUGUUUUGGUUCAUUUGAAUUGGGGUUUUGUUGUCUUAUUAUCCGAGAUGGAGUCUUCAGGUUCCCAGCAUAGUCACAUUGUUGAGGUUAAUGUUGGAAAAUCUGGUGAAGAAAGAAUUAUUGGGGGAAGCAAAGUAUGUGGAGAAGCGCCCUGUGGGUUUUCAGAUUCUAAGAAUGCUUCCGGGGAUGCUGCAGAACGUACUGCUUCUAUGCGUAAGCUUUGUAUCGCGGUUGUGCUGUGUCUAGUGUUCAUGAGCGUUGAGGUUGUUGGUGGGAUCAAAGCCAAUAGUUUGGCCAUUCUUACCGAUGCUGCCCAUUUGCUCUCUGACGUUGCUGCCUUUGCGAUCUCGCUGUUCUCUUUGUGGGCUGCUGGUUGGGAAGCGACUCCGAGGCAGACUUACGGGUUUUUCAGGAUUGAGAUUCUGGGAGCUCUUGUCUCUAUCCAGCUCAUUUGGUUGCUCACGGGUAUUCUGGUGUAUGAAGCCAUUAUCAGGAUUGUUUCCGAGACCAGUGAGGUUAAUGGAUUCCUCAUGUUUCUUGUUUCUGCGUUUGGUCUAGUGGUGAACAUCAUAAUGGCUGUUCUGCUUGGGCAUGAUCAUGGUCACAGUCAUGGGCAUGGGCAUGGGCAUGGGCAUAGCCAUGGUCAUGACCAUCACGAUCACGGCGGAAACCAUAGCCAUGGGGUGACUGUUACUACCCAUCACCAUCAUCAUGAUCAUGGAGAGGACAAGCACCAUGCUCAUGCUCAUGGGGAUGUUACUGAGCAAUUGUUGGACAAAUCAAAGACUCAAGUGGCGGAAAAAGAGAAAAGAAAGAGGAACAUCAAUGUCCAGGGAGCUUAUCUUCAUGUCCUUGGGGAUUCCAUCCAGAGUGUUGGUGUUAUGAUUGGAGGAGCUAUCAUAUGGUACAAUCCUAAAUUGAAGAUAGUGGAUCUUAUCUGUACGCUUGUCUUUUCGGUUAUUGUCUUGGGAACAACCAUCAACAUGAUUCGAAGCAUUCUAGAAGUAUUGAUGGAGAGUACACCCAGAGAGAUUGAUGCCACACAACUCGAAAAGGGUUUGCUCGAAAUGGAAGAAGUGGUGGCUGUUCAUGAGCUCCACAUUUGGGCAAUCACUGUGGGAAAAGUGCUAUUGGCUUGCCAUGUCAACAUCAGACCAGAAGCAGAUGCAGAUAUGGUCCUCAACAAGGUAAUUGAUUACAUCCGCAGGGAGUAUAACAUUAGUCAUGUUACGAUACAAAUCGAGCGCUAAAACUAAAAGCAAAGCAAGAUCUGAUGAGGGAUUUUGUAUCAGCAUUCUCAUUAACAAUAAUAUUAAUAAAGUUUCUACCUUUUUCCA